AUGGACGGCGCCCCGCACCUGGUCUUCCACGCGCCCGUCGGAGAGGCGGACGCGACGACGGCCUUCGCCAAGCAGCUGGCAAACGCGUUCCCGGGCCGGCUCUCUGUCGACGUGACCUCCUCCCUCUCGAGGCCGCUUCCCGAGCGCGCCCUGCUUGUCGUCUCUGCGGGGCUGGAGACCCUCAGCCAGGCAGACGUCCAGGCGAUCAAGGGCCACAGGCGCUCCGGCGGCCCCGUGCUCGUCAUGGUCGCCGACGCGGCCCGGACCCGCUUUUCCGAGCACGCCGAGAAGAUGCUCAACGAGCUGGGGAUCUCGGGCAUCAGGGCAGACCCCGUGAUAUCCUCCGUCCACACCCCCGGCCUGUACCACCCGACGCACCUGCUCCUCACCGCCUCGUCCUUCGUCUGCUCCUCGCUGCUCACCAAGCUGGAGAAGGCGCGCCCCGCGGCGGAGGCCCGCGACGUCUCCGUCGUCUACCCCUGCGGGACGUCGUUCGCAGUCAACCCGAGCCUGGCGGCCGUCGUGCUCUCGUCGGGCGACAGCGCGUUCCCGCCGAACCAGCCCGUCGCGGCCGCCCUGCGCGAGGACGGCGCCGCGAGGCUCGGCCGGUGCGUGGUGCUCGGCACGUCGCGGAUGUUCGCCGACGGCUUCCUCGCGAGGUUCGACAACCGCGCCCUCUUCGAGCUGAUCCUCCAGUACCUCCUGCGCCACCCGGACGCGCCCGCCCUCGCCUCUGCCGCAAACGUGAACGAGUCCCUCCUGGGAGGGGCCGAGGAGUCCGUUUACAUCCCAGACACGCAGACGGUCGCGCUGAACAUGCGCGCCUGCCUGCACGCCCCCGACGCGCUUCCAGACGACUUCACAGACCUCCUGGACACCGUCCCGUCGGCGAACCCGAGCAUCCUGCCGCAGGUCUCGGCCCUGUACGAGAAGAUGGGAUUCAGCAGGUCAGAGCCCACGCUGAAGCUGGUGAACCCCAGCUUUGAAAAGCCCACGCCGCCCCUCAUCCCGGCGGUCCACUUCCCCGUCCUCCCCGACCCGCCCGGGGCGCCCCUGCUGGAGCUGUUCGACCUGGACACAGAGCUGGCCAGCGAGCAGACGCGCCUGAACAAGCUCGCGUCCAAGUGCACAAACAGCGACGUCGAGUUCUUCCUCCGGCAGGCCGGGGACCUCCUGAACAUAGGCGGCUCGCCGAAGGAGAUCCUGUACCACGUGCUUGUCUCCACGGUCAACUUCAAGAAGGGCAUGGCCGGCAAGUGA